AUGACUACCGCUUCAAGUGCGCCAAGUAACGAAAGAUUUUUGUUGCAGGUUUGCGUAGACAGUGCCGAAUUAGUAAUCCACAUUCCAGGGAACUUGGGACAAGACGGAGUCGUUUACCGCUUAGAUUAUUAUCCUCCUCAUGGCUAUCCCGCACCCAACACAACGAUUGCGUCUAAGAAUAUUAGAGAUGUUAUCAAAUUUUCGCAGGCCUUACCUGGGACCAAAUACGACUUUUGGCUGUAUUAUUCUAAUGCAACUCAUAAUACGCUUACAUGGACUGCUAAUUUUACAACAGUGCCUGAUCCACCAUCGAACCUGUCAGUAUCGGUUCGAAGUGGUAAAACCGCAGUUAUAACAUGGAACCCUCCGCUUCACGGCAGCUUUUCAAGUUUCAAGUUAAAAAUAAAUCCUCUCACACCAUCUCUAGAUCCAAAAUCGGAGUCUCUAACCAUAGAGAAUUUGGAAACGUCAUCCUACAUUUUAAGAGAUCGUACACCUGGCGCUACGUAUCAGGUGCAGGCGUUCACAGUUUUUGAAGGAAAGGAAAGCGCAGCAUAUACGUCUAGGAACUUUACCACGAAACCCAACACUCCCGGAAAGUUUAUUGUUUGGUUCCGAAACGAGACAACUUUAUUAGUUUUAUGGCAACCUCCAUAUCCGGCAGCGGUUUAUUCACAUUACAAAGUAUCUAUAGAACCUCCUGACGCAAUAGAUAGCGUGCUGUACGUUGAAAAAGAAGGUGAACCGCCUGGACCGGCGCAGGCGGCUUUUAAAGGUUUGGUUCCGGGGAGAGCGUACAAUAUAUCAGUACAAACAAUGUCCGAGGAUGAAAUAUCGACACCGACAACUGCACAGUAUAGAACGGUACCAUUAAGGCCGCUGAAUGUUUCAUUCGAAAAAAAUUCAGUAACGUCAAAUUCGUUUAUUGUUCACUGGGAAGCACCUAAUGGCAAAAGUGAAUUUGACAAAUAUCAGAUUUCGCUGGGAUCUGGCCGAAAGCAACCGCCCGUUACAAAAUUAAGGGAGGAGCCACAGGUUUGGGAAUUUAAGGAUAAUCUAGAACCGGGAAGAACCUACCAGGUGAUUGUCAAAACUGUAUCUGGAAAAGUUACAUCAUGGCCUAUGUCCGCGGAUGUAACCUUGAAACCUUUGGCUGUAAUCAACUUACGCGCUCAUAGCGCCGACCAAGAUGGUAACAUCAAUAUUUCAUGGUCGGAAAAUCCUGACAGUUCGCAGGAUGGAUACAUCAUAUCUUAUCAUGAGGUUGAGAGUUCCAAUGGCGACAGCAACACAGUUACUACCAAUAAAACCAACUUGACGCUCGAUACUUUACUUCCCGGUCGAAAUUAUUCCAUUGCUGUUAGAGCAGUUUCAAAAAAGGUUGAAUCAAACGAGAGUAGUUUAUAUGUAAUCACCAGACCGAGUGCACCAAUAAUUGAAGAUUCUAGACCUCUCAUUGACGGUUUGAAUAUUAGUUGGAAAUCGGACGUCAACUCUAAGCAGGAUAAAUACGAAAUUCAUUUGGUCAGAAAUGACACAUUGGAAAAAAUUGUUAAAACGACCUACGAUUCACGGAUUAUUCUCACCAACCUGUAUCCCGGGGCUGGAUACACCGUUCGACUGUAUGCCAUAUCUCACGUGCUGAAAAGUGAGCCUCACGAGUACUUCCAGCCUGUCUUUCCUAGACCUCCACGUAACAUGAUAAUCGAGAAAACGACCACCAACUCUGUCAUAGUUCAGUGGGUUGCGCCGAGCGAUUCUUUAAUUACAGAAUACGCAAUUAGAUAUCGCACGGACACAGACCGAACCUGGGUUCGUCUGCCGGCAGUCCAGAAUACGGAAGCGGAAGUAACAGAUAUGACGCCAGGAGAAAGGUACACAAUACAGGUCAAUACGGUCAGUUAUGGUUUGGAAAGUAACGAGCCACAGCAGUUAAAUCAUACUGUUCGCCCUAAUCCGGUAUCAAAUAUCGCACCACUUGUUGAUUCGAACAAUGUCACACUGGAAUGGCCACGUCCCGAAGGACGUGUCGAAACUUACAUUGUAAGAUGGUGGGAGGGCGGCAAUUCUAGUCAAAUUAAUAAGCGCAACGUAAGCCAAAAUCAAAGUGGCACCGGACCUGUUCGAUUGUUGGUCGGCGAUCUUAUGCCAGGUCUAGAAUAUAUCUUUGACAUACAAGCGGUCUCGAAUGGUCUUCAAAGUGAUGUUACAGUUCUAAGAACUCGAACAAUGCCAUUAAUACAGUCUGAAGUUGUGGUGGUUAAUAACCAGCAAUCCACCGACUCUAUAAGCCUUAGAUAUACACCUACUCCGCAGGUGACUUCCAAAUUUGAUUUGUACAGAUUUUCGUUAACGGAACCAAGUAUACCAAACCAAGAAAAAGCGGCUAACGAUUCUGAUAGAUUGGUCACUUUCAAGGGUCUUAUUCCAGGUCGUCUCUAUAAUAUUACAGUGUGGACUGUUUCGAACAAUGUUGCCAGUCAACCACUACAGCGCCAAGAUCGACUAUAUCCUGAACCGAUUACCAGAAUUAACGCUACAAACAUUAGGGACACAGAAAUUACGUUAAUAUGGGAUUCUCCACGUGGCGAGUACAAUGCGUUUGAAGUGCAGUACUUAACAUCCGAAAAUUUCCUUAUACAAAAUUUAACACUGCACAACUCCGUAACAAUCCACGAUCUAAAACCUCACCGCAAUUAUACAUUUACUGUUGUUGUUAGAAGCGGUACUGAAUCAAGCAUCUUACGAAGAUCUCUUCCGGUGUCUGCUAUUUUUACGACUAAAGAAUCCAUACCGGGGAAAGUCGAGAAGUUUGAGCCCAUUGACAUACAACCGAGUGAUAUAACAUUUGAAUGGUCUCUUCCAAGUGCAGAACAAAACGGUAUCAUCAGAAAGUUUACCAUCACUUACGGUUUAGAGGGUUCAACUCAUACGUUACAUAGCGAUUUUGCCUCGCACGAAUUUAGGGGAGUUAUAAAGCAGCUGAUUCCCGGUCGUACUUACAUGUUCAGAAUACAGGCAGAGACGCGAGUCGGCUUUGGCCAAGAAAGCGUAUGGAAACAGAAAAUGCCUAUCUUGCCUCCGCCUGUGCCCGGAACGCAGGUGUUAGCGACGGAAGUUUGCAAAAGUUCAACUACUAUACAAAUUAGAUUUAGGAAGAACUACUUCAGUGAAGCAAAUGGACCGGUGGUAUCAUAUGCGAUUAUUGUGGCGGAAGACGACUCCAAAAAUUCAUCCGGUCUCGAAAUGCCAUCGUGGCGCGACGUUCAAGCUUAUUCAGUGUGGCCACCGUACCAAGUAACCGAACCGUAUUAUCCAUUCCAAAACAGCACCAUUGAAGAUUUUACUGUUGGAAGCGAAGUGUGCGAUGUACGCCAGCCCGGCUAUUGCAACGGCCCUCUUAAAUCAGGCGCUACAUAUGUUGUCAAAAUUAGAGCGUUUACCGCGCCGGAUAAAUUUACAGACACAUAUUACAGUUUCCCAAUUCAAACCGAUCAAGACAACACGCCAAUCAUUCUGGGAAUAAUAAUACCAAUAGUGCUGAUAGUUUUCUCAUUUAUCGUAAUGAUAUUUAUAAGACGUAGGCGAGCGGCCGGCAGGAAGGCGACCGAAUCUCGCACAAAUGAUAAUAUGUCGUUGCCCGAUUCUGUUAUAGAAACAAACCGUCCUAUACGAAUAGAGAACUUCUCAAAUCACUAUCGAAUUAUGUCUGCCGAUUCUGACUUUAGGUUCAGUGAGGAAUUUGAGGAAUUAAAGCAUGUGGGACGAGAUCAACCUUGCACGUUUGCAGAUUUACCUUGCAAUAGACCAAAGAAUCGAUUUACCAACAUUUUACCAUACGAUCACUCGAGGUUUAAAUUACAACCGGUCGAUGAUGAAGAAGGUUCCGAUUAUAUAAAUGCAAAUUAUGUUCCUGGGCAUAAUUCGCCGAGAGAGUUCAUAGUAACACAGGGACCUUUGCAUUCUACAAGAGACGAUUUCUGGCGUAUGUGUUGGGAAUCAAAUUCACGUGCAAUUAUUAUGUUAACACGGUGUGUUGAGAAGGGACGAGAAAAGUGUGAUCAUUAUUGGCCAUAUGACACAAUGCCUGUGUAUUAUGGUGACAUAUCUGUACAAAUUUUAAAUGAAUCCAGAUAUCCAGAUUGGAAUAUAUCUGAAUUUAUGGUGUGUCGGGGUGAUAUACAACGUGUAAUACGACACUUCCAUUUCACAACAUGGCCCGAUUUCGGGGUGCCAAGUCCACCACACACCUUAGUUAGAUUUGUAAGGGCAUUUAGGGAAAGAAUUGGCGCUGACCAACGUCCGAUUGUGGUUCAUUGCAGUGCGGGUGUCGGAAGAUCGGGAACGUUUAUUUGUUUAGAUCGUAUUAUACAACAAAUACAAAUUGCAGAUUAUGUUGAUAUAUUUAGUAUAGUUUAUCAAAUGAGAAAGGAGCGUGUAUGGAUGGUACAAACAGAGCAACAGUAUAUAUGCAUACAUCAAUGCUUAUUAGCUGUCCUUGAAGGAAAGGAAGUCGGCGGUCAACCGCGCGAAAUUCACGAGAAUCAAGGAUUUGAAGAUGACGAGGGAAUAGCAGAAUCGGGCAUGUAAUCUGUGAACUGAAGAAGCUGAUUUCUGAGUAACAAGGCAAAAACAAUUUAUACAUCAUAUGUACAAUUAGAUUGUUUACGUAGUGAUUUUGAUACUCCGUAUAUGAACCCAAUAGAAUUUUUGAUUUUGGAAGUAACUUGUAACGUAUUUGGAUUUGCCGACAACCUCACUCAGAUUUUGUAAGGAAAUGUAUUAGUUACAGAAGCAAGCGAUUUGAAAUCUGUAUUUAUUGUCUAUUUUGAAUUCAGUUAUCGGUGAAAGAGUAAUGGUUAAUUGUAGAACGUUUAUCCAAACUGAUUUCAAUUUUAGUGAUCGAAAGUAAUUAUUUUUUAUAAGUUACAGUAUUUUGUUUAUACUCAUUUUUUAAUAUAAAAGUUAUUAUUAGACAUAUCUAAAUAAAAUUGCAUACUGAUUUA